GUUGCUUUCCGAAGCUUCACCGUUUAGGAUCAACGUUUUUUCUCCGGAGAAACGACGUCGCCGGUCGGGAAGUGUUGUAUGCGCGCGCGGUCUGUAGAGCUGGAGAGUGCAUUAGUACGCGAACCGUCUGUGUCUGUUUCUGUGUGUGGUACGGUAUACGCUUGCAAUUCAGUGGGACCCCUGAAGAAAAAGGAUCAAGUUACGUUCCUGCCAGAUCAGGUCUGUCGGAUCGCAAAAGGGCAGCAGAUGUUUCUGGCUGUGAAGUUUUCGAUGGCUGCCGCCUGCUUGGAUUAGCCAUGGUGUUGUUGGUAGCUGCCAUCUGUCGCCAGUUGGUCCCGAUCCCGAAAGAAGCCCCACUUUCCGGGAAAUGUGACCUGCCGUAGAUUUUGUGGAUUCAUAUACCUACCUGCGUGAAGAAGAAACCGUCGGGUGAGUGUUGAACGCCCGCUCGAACGAGAAGAUGCUGAUGAUGAUGGACGCGAAUCCCGGACCGCAGUGAAAUUAGUGCAAAGCAGCGCGCGCGAACGAAAAAGAAGAAGAAGAAGAGUUCGUCUGGAAUCCGUGCUCCGUCCGAGCAGCUAGUGCCUCCUUCGUUCGAUCGUUGCGGGCGCGAGUGCGAAAGGGUUCAGGUUCAGAAGCAACUGAGCAACGGAAAAAAAUAACGAAGAUCAAGAAGAAGAAAACCGCAGCAGGCUUUGUUGUUCGACCCGUUGUACCUAUAGCACGGGGGUGAAUCUUCGUCACGAAAAGCACUGCUCGUUUGAUAGCUGAACACUAGCGAACCUGGUGGUGGAAGUCAAGCUUUUGCCUACAGCGAGCAUAGGGAGACGACGUAGCACGCUUUGAUGCGUUUUUAUUUUCCCAUGGAAAUUCAUUCCAAUCUAGUUCUCCAAGUGACAAUUUCACGGCUUCCACCUCGAAACUUCAAAGUUAUUCAAAGAUACACAUCUGUUCUGUGCCUAUAGUGUAGUGAGUGCUUAGAAGUGAUCUUGGUCAGCGUUAGCAGCCAGCAGCAAGCAAGUUCAAAGCAGGCUGUGAACGAGCAAGGAAUAUCGUCGUCCGUCCGUUCGUUCGUCCAGUCGUUCGUCAGUCAUCUCUUCAUCAUCAUCCGAGAUCCGAGUAGGCCUCUGCUCUAGCUCUGGCUCUCUGUUGGGCUGGGAACAACCGCAGCGAAAGAAGCAGCAGCAUCAAGAAGGAGAGACUAAUAUGACUGAUUGGUGGUGGAGUGCCUUUGGCAAAAAAGAAACGUAACCUCAAAUUUCGCCCCUCUAAUGAACCCUCCAACCGGAAGCACAACCAAUGAAGAAACUAAAGCAGCAAAGCAAAAAACAGAACAAAUCAGCUCAAUCGCAACCUUCGCCGUACGGCGGCAAUCCGUCCAGCAGCAAUGUCCCCAUUCCCGUGUGCUGCCAAUAUCCGACGGGGACCGCGGGAUGUCCCGGUUGCUACCCCACUCCCUAUCCAUCAAACCUGUCGGCCACCACCUGCCAACUAUCACCAUACGCCGGUGGGACAUGUUCCUGCCGGCAGCAGGUGUACCAAAACUCCACGCAACGGAGUAAUCGGCCGUCCACGGCCUUACCCAUCUCCAAACCGACCAACAUCGUAGCAACCAUGGAGCUGUUUGAACCUCGGGCUUCCACGUCCGGUGGUAGUAGCCAUGGGCACCACCACCAUCAGGACUAUUCCUAUGCCUACUACGAGCCGGGGGUGGCGCUACGCCACUCGAACGUUCCCUCGUAUAUGUUUGAUCCAGCGGCGGUGGCGGCGGCGACGGGUAGUCGCCCUUCCGGCGGAAGUAGUUCCAUGCGGGCGCUGAUGGCUUUGGGGGGUAACGGGCAGAGGAAUCGGUUGUACGGGGCCGGUCGUCGGAAUGGGUCAAUGGGUCAACGGUUUCCGGGGUCGCCUUGCGAGAACAUCUACGAGGAGAUCAUUCACGAGGAAAACGAGUCGGCAGUGGUGGCGGGGCCUUCGUCCAGUGGGCGCUUGUCGUUGAUGUCGCUGAACCAGAGUGUGAUCGUGGAGGAGGAGUUCCGACAGGUGCAGAAUUGUCACCGGAAGGUGCUCGGGGAGUUGAACUUGUCGGUGGAGGCGAUGCUGAUGCCGGGGAAUGGAGGAGGAAGAGAGCGGGAGGAUGAUUACCAGCGAGGGGUGGUCAGUUAUCGGAGGAAGUCCUACGGAACGCCCUGUACGGACUUGGACAGUGGGUUUUCCGGAAGUAGCGGAAGUACGAGCUACAUUGGGAACCUAAGAGCCCGGAAGACGGAAGCGAGAAUGCUGUCGCUUCAGCAGCAGAGUCAUCAUCAGUCGAUGAUGCUGUUCGAGGGGUUGGGGCAGGAGGACACCCGAAGUAUCUCCAGCUGUAAUUCGAUGGACCGGUCCAGUAGUGGAGCGGGAGGUUCGGUGAGGGCACUGUGUAGCAAGGGGAAGAACUUGAGUAAGUUGUUCAGUGGAAGUACGCGGUCGUUGAAGAAGAUGCUGGAAUCGAGUGCUAGUGAGGGUGGGUCGUCCAGGAAGGGAGGUAUCCAUUCGACACCAAGUUCGCCAACGUUCGUGAAGUCCAAUAAGGUUGGAUUUUGGUCCAAGAAGAGCUGGACCAAGAAACUGUCGUCAAACGGAGCGCUGCAUCGAAGUUUUGAAGAUGAGACAAAGCCAUACCAAACGGCCGAUAGCUCGUGGGACUGUUCUUUGUCGCCUCGAACCACGAUCGGCGGCGCACCAGUGCCUCCUACGACUACGGCAACCAACGGCGGCGACGACAAUCAGCACCAAAAGCACCAACGCCUACUGAGUUGCACCUCGGAUUCCGUCGAGUUCCGUUCGGCGCAGCUAAUCCCGUACUCGACGUCCGAUCACCAACAGCAACAGCAGCAGCAACGCAGCAUCAAGCUCGACUACAAACCGUCCACGCGGACGGUCAGCUCCGAGGACAGCUGCUAUUCUGAGGAUCGGUACAUAUCCUCGGACGAGGACGACGACGACGACGAAGAGGACGAACUCGAUCUCGACGAGAACGACAUCCGGGAAGAAUACCUGCGGAACCGUAAUCGCCGCAACAACCAGAAUCACCAUCACCAUCACCCGCAACAGCAACAACAGCACCAGGAACAACCAAAGAUCCCAACGCCAAAGGCAGCAACAGUAGGCGACGACCAUCAUCAUCAGCAGCCGCAGCCGCAGCAACCGGAAGGAGGCGGUGGUGAACGUCGGCGAAGCAUCACCCAACUGCAGAACACUCUCAACAAGGCCAAGGCGCACCUUUCGUUCGAUAAAUGGAAAAGUCACCACGGCGGUGGUGGCAGCGGCAGCAAUCAGUAUCAUCACCAUCAUCAUCAACAACAGGUGGCCGCUGCUGGUGGAGGCGCUGGCGGUAAUGUCCACCUGAUUGCCGAUCUCGUCAAUAACAAUCGUAGCAGCAGCGGAACUAGCCUUAUCCACAGUACCGGUCGGAACGCACUGCACGCAUCCACCAUGUCUACCACCACGGCACCGGUCACCUCCUCACCCAUUCCGCCGACGGGCAUCAUCAGCCCCGGUUCGGCGUCCCUGGUAACGACGACCCACACCGCCUCGCCCAGUUCCACCAAUUCCUCACCUUCCAUCUCGUCGGAGCCGUUCUCACGACUAUCGCGCUGGUUCUCGAUACGUCGCGGCUCGAUGAACCAGUACGACGUCAAAGGCCACAACUCGAGCGGUCCGGCAUCUGCGACGACGGCGACGACGACGGGACAUUCCACUUCCGCUGGCGGAAAGGAGAACCGUCGCAACAGCAUCGACCACGUGGACUCGACCGGGUCGCUUUUCGGCGGCGGCGGCAAUGUUAACAAGUUCGACGGCGGCAAGCUGGCCAUGAACAAAGUUCUGGAAGCGGACGAAGAUCCGCUGCAGUUGGCGUUGGACAGUUUUGCGAUGACCCGGGGGACGGAGCCGAAGAACGUAGAACGGAGACACAUCCCGGUGACGUUGCCUCCGGCACCGUCCGGCAUGACCCAGCAACAGCUCAAACGGAGGCACAUCGUAGCGGCCAUCAUCCACAGUGAGAACUCGUACGUGGCCUCCCUGCAGCGACUGGUUAAUGAGUACAAACGGCCCCUCGAAGAAAGCAACCCGCCCAUCCUGAACCCCACGAAAACUGCCAUACUGUUCCACCGCCUGCCGGAGAUUCUCCAGCUGCACACCCUCUUCCGGAUAUCCCUGGCCGACUACAUCCAAAGCUGGGACUCGGAGGAGAAAAUCGGCGACGUUUUCGUUGCGACCUUCAGCAAAUCCCUAGUUCUGGACGUCUACAGUGGGUUCAUCAACAACUUCUCGAUCGCCAUGGACCUAGCGCGGAUGGAGGCCAAGCGGAAAUCGGCCUUGUCCGAUUUCUUUAAGGUCAAACAGAUAUCCGCCCACGAUCGGUUGUCCUUCUUCGGGCUGAUGGUCAAACCAGUUCAACGGUUUCCCCAGUUUAUCCUAUUUCUGCAAGAUCUGCUCAAGUACACCCCGCAGGGCCAUCACGAUCGGAUGUCGCUGCAGUUGGCACUGACCCAGCUCGAAUCGCUGGCGGAGAUGUUGAACGAGCGGAAACGCGAAGCGGAGCAGUUCCAGGCCUUCAAGGAGAUGCUGGAGAACAUCAGCGGGACGUUCAACAUCCGGUCGUUGGUGUCCGGAGGAACGUCCGACAACACCAUCAACAGCACAACCACCCGGUACCUGCUCCGAGAGGACAACGUGACCCAGCUGGAGUUCAACCAGUCCGGCUCGGUUGUGAAGAGUAAAAAGCGCAGGUUGCUGCUGUUGAACGAUAAGGUGCUGUGCGUUUCGGUAGCGCCCAAGCAGUCCCAUGAGUUUGGGUCCUCGGAGAAGCUGACCUUCAAGUGGAUGCACCCGGUGCAGGACGUCGAGAUCGUGGACAACAACCAGUCAAUUACGCUCUCGAGGAUACUGACGGCAGGUAUGAAACGAGGCAACAGUCUGAAGUCGAACUCCAGCUUCGAUUCGCCGUACCUGGCGCCGGGAACCCUGCCCGGUAUGAACACCAGCUGUUCCACCAUGAACAGCUCGUUCGGCGGUGGCGGCGGCGCCGGUGCAACACUUCCGGGUGGUGCGGCCAGCAGCGAGGCGGACAACCUGUGCAACGAAAUGAACGACCUGAUGCACGACUACGAAGUCAUGUCCCGGAUCAACGAUCUGGUCGGCUCGCUGAAGGGUUCGUACAAGGAGAUCAACCUCGGCGUAACGAAGUCCAUCCUGGCGGACAUUCAGACGUCGAUACAGAAAAAGGACGAGGAAAUCCUCUGGGUGGACUCGUGCUGUCUGCAGCUGGUGCUCAAGAACGCCGCCAAGGGCGGCAAGGAGGACAUCACCUACACAUUCCAGAUCGAGAACCCCGUGGUCAAGAAGGACUGGAUCACCGAACUCCGGCUGGCGCAGCUGGCGCUCGAUACGAACAAUUCGCCCGCGUGGCAGAUGGGCGCCGAGCACGAGCAACGAUACUCCCUGGCCAAGAUGCCCCUGUUUGUGAAGGCCUACCCGGCCUACAAGUCGCAGCAUCAAACCGAGGUCUGCUGCGGAUGUUACUUCUCAUCCAACCUGGCAUCUUCGGGGGCGUAUCGGUUGAAACCGUCGGCUCGGAAGCGCUCCAAGCACUCCAACACGCUGUGGAUCUGCUCGACGGACAAGAUCAACAGCCACGUGACGAUCCUGGCGCACAACAGCGCCCAGCACCACAGCAACGGGGGUUUCGGCGAGGUAGCCCGAUUCAGUCUGACCGAGUCGAUCGUGACCUGUAUGGAGUACGUGAAGGAGGGCGGACUGAUCACCGGGGAUGACGUCGGGUCGGACUCGAUCUGGAUGGGUACCAACAACCACCGGGUGCUGAUCUACUCGGCCAGCUAUCCGAUCAACGACGAACAGCUGGUGAACCUGUCGCUGCCGGGAGUUCCUAGUCAGAUAUUGUACUUCAACGAGAGGGUCUACGUGGGGUUGACCAAUGGGAGUGUGCUGGUGUUCAGCAAGACCGAAGCCGGCAUCUGGAGUUUGAACAGUCCGAAGAUCUUGGCGGUGCAGAGUGAGCCGAUCACGAGCCUGCUGGCGAUCAACAGCAGUGUGUACUUCGCGGCCGGUAAGUACGUCCAUGUGAUUAACGGCCGGACCAACGAGGUGGACAAGAACUUCCACAUUAAGCACACGAACUCGGCGAACGUGAGCGCUAACGUGAACCUGUUGGCACACUCGGGAAUAGGUUUGUGGAUUUCGUUGAAGAACUCCAGCAUCAUCUGUCUGUAUCACACGGAGACGUUCAAGCAUCUGCAGGACAUCAACAUCGCGUCUAAUGUGCUGAGGGUGACUUCGUCGCAUCAGAAUCCCUCGCGGGAGUCCAACUCUUCGAUUCAGGUGACGGCCCUAAUGGCCGCCAAGGGUAUGUUAUGGGUGGGUACCAACGUAGGGAUCACGCUGACCAUUCCGCUGCCAAGGCUAGAGGGUGUUCCGAUCGUGAGCGGAGGUGUGAACAUCUCGUACCACGCCCACUUGGGCCCGGUAACGUUCCUGUUGCCCUUGGUUACGAGGUCGUAUCAGACCUUGAAGGGGGUGGAUGUCGCAGCGGAAGUGAAGGUUGAGUCCAAGGAAACGGAAGCGGCGGCGGAGAAACAAGGAGAUCAAGAAAAACAGAAGGAAGCAGCGACGGCGUUGAAGGAACAGAUUUGCUCCAGUCCGGUGAUCUUGAGGCGGAAGAAGCCGGCUCCGAUGGAUUCCGGACGGAUGGCCAAGACCCUGCCGCGGAAUCUACGAACCAGCAGCGGUGCAUUCUCGCCGUCGAUCCACUCGACACUGUCCUCGUCCUCACAGUACUCCGAUCAGGGAUGUGACGUCUACGGUCUGUACGGAGAUCUAAUCUUCGUUAAGGAAGACCUAGAAAAUCAGGAAGAUCGGAACAUCUUGGACCCGAGCUAUGACUACCUGCGAAGAAGUGAUCCGGACAUUGCGGCGAUCCCGGCGAAGGUUUCCACCCUCGAUCGGAGACUGCGGAUGAAGGUCAGCCGACCGCGAUCGCUGGACCUGUCGAACUGGUCGAUGGAGUCGCGAUCGUCCAGCGUCUACACCUCGUCCGGAAGUGACGAGAAUGUGGGAGGUCGCAGCGGAGCCGGAAGUAAGAACGUCUCGCGUAACAGCUCAAGCGCUAGUCACAAGAUGAACAACUCCGAUCUGGAUAACAUCAACGAGAACGAGGUAGCUACGCACCUAAAACCGUCGGCCCUGGAUGCGGUUCCGACGGUGACCAAAGAAUCCUUGUCGGUGGUUGACCUGGACAAGUUCCCGACGACUCCGGUGGCGUCAACCAAUACGACCAAGCGGAAGAAGCACCAGUCGAUGAACGGCGGGUCGGCAGUCAACGGAGCCGGUGGUGGAGUAGGUGGAGAUGGUGCAAGUGCCGCCCGGAGGACCAUACUGACGCUGACCGGUGGCCGAGGGUACGUCAACUGGAGGCAUAUCUGGGAGCGAACCGGCCCGCUGGAUGGUGGAAAGUCGGCUACCAGCUCUCCACAGAAUCAUCACCAUCAACGGACCGCUUCGGUCACGUCCCUGGCCGGCCUAGGGCAGACUAAUUCAACCGAUGCCCAUCUGGUCAUCUGGGAGAAGAAGUUGUAGGAGGAGGAGAAGCAGGAGAGGGAGAUGAAGACGUGCGACUUUUUUCUUAGCUUUAAAGGAGAUUACAGCAGGAGACUCUUAUUGGUGCGCGUGCGAGUGUACAUAAUACGAAGGUAUGGAUAUCCCAGUGAACCCCUUUUCUGCGGGAACACCCCCCUUCCGAUGCAUAUACAUAUAGGGCAAAUGUGAUAAGACUUAAAAAUAUUUCUCGUUGUACACACACACACAUUUCGAUUUACGCGCAUUUUCACAUCUUACACUCGGUAAGGCUAUAAGAAAGUAAGGUAAUCAUCCGAUUCUUCCCAAAUUGGACAUUCGAAACUAGAGAAAGAUGUAUAUUUAUCUAUAUGUUUUAUGAGAGGAAAAUUCUUAUCGUCAAAAGAGAGAGAAAAGCGAACAAAGAGAUUUGUUAGCUGUAUUAGUAACUAGUAGAAGCGUAUCGAAGAAAAAUCACAUGAAUUCUAUUGCGUUCUCAGUUUAGUUCAUGUUUCUAUCGAAUCAUUUCAAAAACUCACAAAAAGCUAAUUUUCUUUUAGAAGUUAAAGAAAAAGAACAAGAUGGACGCGCUCGCGCGAUCCAUCCGUAUUUAUUGUUACUCACACUCACACAAACAAGCAGACACUCAAAUCAAAACACACACACAGUAGGCCGCCGUUGUUGUUAAACUCGAAAGAUUUCACUCACACACAGACACUCACUCACUCAUACCGGAAACCGGAAGCAGAGCCGAUGGUAAUAACACGGGAAACAAGUUAAUUUCGACAACGAACCGCGCGCAGUUAUUCUUCUUUCUUUUUCGCGUUCACUCACACUAGGAAGCAGCAGUCGUUAACACAAAUACAAACGUGUAAAAACCGAAAGCGAAAGCCACUUAGCAGUUAAAUGUUCAAUAAUUUUCAGUUUAGGUAAACUACUAGCGCAAGGUGGUUUGGGUGCGUUCUCUCGCUUCAAUAAGGAGGGUCUUGUUUUAAGAGUGUUUAAGGUUUUUCGUUAAGUACAAAUAUGGAGGAAAAGUUAUCAGAACAUUUAAGCUGGUUUUUACUUAGGGAGCUACAAAUAUUUGUACAAUGAACUUUAUAACAUACAAUUCUUGAAUAGGAGAUCACCCCCGGAAAGGUUUGAACACCGCGCCCCAUGUCUAGUGGAAAACGGGAGAAGAUUGAAUCCAACAAAAGUGAAUUUCGAGUUGCGUGGAGCGACUUGUACCUAUAGGGAACAAAUUCUGCGACAGGAGAAGUUUAGGAAGGUUUCGUUAGGAAAGUUAAUUAAGCUUAGUUAGUUAUUAUUAUUGUUCUAAAGCUUCUUCAACUGUUCUAAUCUACAUUGUUUCAUAAUAUGAAAAAAAAUCAAAUCAAAAAACUUAAAAACAUUCUCACCUUGUUAGUUUCCUCUGUAAAUGCUUCCAACUCUUUAUGUACACUUCCUUUCCAUUCCUGUCUACUGUCCUAGAUCUGAACCAUACUCUCACUUCACAAAACAAAACAAAAACAGAACAAAACCGAAUCCCAAAAAUCAAAAACAAAUAAUCUCGAUGGUUAGUUAACAACACGGAAAUCAAAACAGAAAACUGCGUAACAAAACUCAAGUACAUAUGAAUAAACGGACCUAGAUGUUCAUUAUUUGUAUAAAGCAAACAUAAAAAAAACGAAACAAAAAAAAAAACAAAACAAACGA